AUGUCGAUGACAUAUCUAUCAUCAUUAGUCGAACAUUUCAGUCGUUCUGAUUUGCAACGCAGUUGGGCAACGCAAGCACGACGUGUUCGUCGUCCGAUGAAUUCGCAUUCGACGGCAUCCGUCGAGAUUCAGACAAGUCAACAACCAGUGCCAUUUAUCCCGCCUCCAGGUUAUUACUCGGAAGUAAUGGCCACAGACUCGUCCGCUAUGUAUCCAAUGUAUGUUCCACCGUAUUCAAUGAGUAACACACCGCAGUUGUCAAUGCGGGAUCCAAGGCGCUUUCAGAAUAUUUAUUCCAAAGGUGCACUAGUCGGUUUAGGCGAUGCUAGAAAAGAGGGGUUAGAAUUCUUGGGACCUCUC